GAGCCAUUCUGCAACUGAUACUUUUCAAGUAUUCGUUCAAUUUUCUUCCUAGGGCCAAGGAGGAUGUUUUCCGACUGAGGACCAAGGUCAGGAACGAAUAUUUACUCCAUGCCCGAGAUGCUAACUAGUGAAUUGAAGGUGUGAACAAUGUAUCACAGGGCCAUGUACAUGAGGUGUGUUCAGAAUAUACUUCAACAUUCUAAGAUAAGAAAAAGAAUGCCUGUUCCAGUAGUGAGAAGAAUAUUUACAGACACUAAUGAUGAAGGAAAAACAGUAACAAGAAGAUUUGGACUUGAUUAUGAAUAUUUGUGUAAUCCUGAAAAUUCAUCAGUAAUAGAGGAGUUAAUUAAAAAAAGAAAGGGUGUAGGAGAUAUUUGGAAAGUGGUAGAGCUGAGUAAGAAAUUGCAGACUCCGAAUAUGACUACUGAGGAAUAUACAGCACUGGAAGCAGAAUUAGAAAAGGCAGCGUUGAUGAUUCCAAACAAAGCAAGUCCUCACUUGUUUGAAUAUGGAGAAACUCCCAAAGUUAUUGAAUAUGUUAACUCAAAACCAGAUUUCAGUUUUAAGCCACGUGAAAUACAUGAGCUUGGUAAAGAUUUAGACAUCAUUCGCAUGGAAAAUUUGGGAAAUUUGACAGGUCCCCGUAGUUACUACUUAAGAGGUGCAUUAGCAGACCUAGAACAGGUAUUGAUAAGAUACACAGUAUCAUCAUUACUGAAGAGAGGCUUUGUUUUGAUGUCUGUCCCUGACCUCUUGUAUUCCCACAUUAUUGAGGGAUGUGGUAUGAGCACCCGAGGCGAGCGUACACAGGUUUAUCAUAUUGCUGACUCAGAAGAUGUGUGUCUGUCAGGAACUGCAGAGAUGGCAAUUGGUGGGUAUUUGAAAAAUAGAGAAUUCUCUCUUGAAGAGCUUCCCCUCAAGUUGGCAGCUGUUUCAAGAUGCUAUAGGGCAGAGACUUCCUCACUUCGGGAAGAGAAGGGAAUAUAUAGAGUACACGGAUUUACAAAAGUUGAAAUGUUUGGAGUUACAGCAGCAGAAAGUGGAGAAGAAAGCCAUCAACUAUAUACAGAAAUGACACAGAUUCAAAAACAACUAUUCUCCAGCUUAGACAUCCAUUUCCAAAUAUUAGAUAUGCCUCUCCAUGAAUUGGGUGCUCCAGCUUAUACAAAGACUGACAUGGAAGCUUGGAUGCCUGGAAGAGGAGCCUAUGGAGAAAUAUCUUCAGCUUCAAAUUGCACAGAUUACCAAAGCUGUCGUCUCAAUAUUUCUUACAGGAACAAGGAGGGAAUCCAAAAAUUGGCUCACACUAUCAAUGGAACAGCAUGUGCCAUCCCUCGGUCCCUGAUUGCCAUAUGCGAGACUCAUCAAACAGAAGAGGGACAUAUCCGGAUCCCUCCUGUCUUACGCUCAUAUAUGUCAGGCACUGAAGCCAUUACACCCUCGGACAAUCAGUGUCAGAUGAGUUGGAUCAAACAGAAGACUUAUCCAGGAAAAAUUAGAUAA